AUGAGGAUGAGUUCAACUAUGCUAAAUGAGUUGAUGGAUUAAAAAUAGGAUAUUUUGAAAAUCUGUGUAUUGGCUGGAGUUGGAAUGAGUUAGCUGCUGGAAUCCCAGAUUUCAGAACUCCUGGAUCAGGAUUAUAUUCAUAAAUAUAAAAAUAUAACUUCCCUAGUCCAGACAGCCUGCUUGGAAUUCAAAUAUUUAAAAACAAUUCUGAGACUUUCUAUUGUGUAGGAAAAGAAUUCUUCCUACUUUUUGAUGCUAAGCCAACUAUAUAGAUAAAUUCUGAAAGUUUUUGGAUUCAAGAGGACAAUUACUCAAAUGUUUUACUUAGACUUAGAUGCAAGAGUCUCACUAUACAAAGUCAUCUAAACAUACGAUCUUAUGAGGACUACUCGAUGCAUUAAGCGCAAAGUGGAAGUCUUAAUUAAGGAUUUCAUGAGCCACAUAAAAAGGGGGACAUCAAUAGAUGUGAGAAAUGUCCAAAGAAAUGAUUGA